AUGACCGCGUUGCACCAACAAACUCCCCCUCGGAUUGUUGGUGCAAUCACCCCUCCCCAUUCUCCCUCUUUCCAUCACCCCGCCCCAUUCUCCUGCUUUCUAUCACCCCGCCCCAUUCUCCCUCUUUCCAUCACCCCGCCCCAUUCUCCCGCUUUCCAUCACCCCGCCCUAUUCUCCCGAUUUCCAUCACCCCGCCCCAUUCUCCCUCUUUCCAUCACCCCGCCCCAUUCUCCCGCUUUCCAUCACCUCGCCCCAUUCUCCCGCUUUCCAUCACCCCGCCCCAUUCUCCUGCUUUCCAUCACCCCGCCCCUUUCUCCCGCUUUCCAUCACCACGCCCCAUUCUCCCGCUUUCCAUCACCCCGCCCCAUUCUCCCUCUUUCCAUCACCCCGCCCCAUUCUCCUACUUUCCAUCACCCCGCCCCAUUUUCCCUCUUCCCAUCACCCCGCCCCAUUUUCCCUCUUUCACUCACCCUCGCCCCAUUCUCCCGCUUUCCAUCACCCCGCCCCAUUCUCCCGCUUUCCAUCACCCCGCCCCAUUUUCCCUCUUUCCAUCACCCCGCCCCAUUCUCCCGUCUUCCAUCACCCCGCCCCAUUCUCCCUCUUUCCAUCAUCCCGCCCCAUUCUCCCGCUUUCCAUCACCCCGCCCCAUUCUCCCGCUUUCCAUCACCCCGCCCCAUUCUCCCACUUUCCAUCACCCUGCCCCAUUCUCCCUCUUUCCAUCACCCCGCCCCAUUCUCCCGCUUUCCAUCACCCCGCCCCAUUCUCCCGCUUUCCAUCACCCCGCCCGAUUCUCCCUCUUCCCAUCACCCCGCCCCAUUCUCCCGCCUUUCAUCACCCCGCCCCAUUCUCCAGCUUUCCAUCACCCCGCCCAAUUCUCCCGCUUCCCAUCACCCCGCCCCAUUCUCCCGCCUUCCAUCACCCCGCCCCAUUCUCCCUCUUUCCAUCACCCCGCCCCAUUCUCACGCUUUCCAUCACCCCGCCCCAUUCUCCCUCUUUCCAUCACCCCGCCCCAUUCUCCCGCUUUCCAUCACCCCGCCCCAUUCUCCCUCUAUCCAUCACCCCGCCCAAUUCUCCUACUUUCCAUCACCCCGUCCCAUUUUCCCGUUUUCCAUCACCCCGCCCCAUUCUCUCGCUUUCCAUCACCCCGCUUUAUUCUCCCACUUUCCAUCACCCCGCCCCAUUCUCCCAAUUUUCAUCACCCCGCCCCAUUCUCCCGCUUUCCAUCACCCCGCCCCAUUCUCCUGCUUUCCAACAGCCCGCCCCAUUCUCCCGCUUUCCAUCACCUCUCCCCAUUCUCCCUCUUUCCAUCACCCCGCCCCAUUCUCCUGCUUUCUAUCACCCCACCCCAUUCUCCCUCUUUCCAUCACCCCGCCCCAUUCUCCCGCCUUCCAUCACCCCGCCCCAUUCUCCAUCUUUCCAUCACCCUGCUCAAUUCUCCCGCUUUCCAUCACCCUGCCCCAUUCUCCCGCCUUCCAUCACACCGCCCCAUUCUCCCGCUUUCCAUCACCCCGCCCCAUUCUCCCGCUUUCCAUCACCCCGCCCCAUUCUCCUGCUUUCCAUCACCCCGCCCCAUUCUCCCGCUUUCCAUCACCACGCCCCAUUCUCCCGCUUUCCAUCACCCCGCCCCAUUCUCCCUCUUUCCAUCACCCCGCCCCAUUCUCCUACUUUCCAUCACCCCGCCCCAUUUUCCCUCUUCCCAUCACCCCGCCCCAUUUUCCCUCUUUCACUCACCCUCGCCCCAUUCUCCCGCUUUCCAUCACCCCGCCCUUCCCGCUUUCCAUCACCCCGCCCCAUUUUCCCUCUUUCCAUCACCCCGCCCCAUUCUCCUGUCGUCCAUCACCCCGCCCCAUUCUCCCUCUUUCCAUCACCCCGCCCCAUUCUCCCGCUUUCCAUCACCCCGCCCCAUUCUCCCGCUUUCCAUCACCCCGCCCCAUUCUCCCACUUUCCAUCACCCUGCCCCAUUCUCCCUCUUUCCAUCACCCCGCCCCAUUCUCCCGCUUUCCAUCACCCCGCCCCAUUCUCCCGCUUUCCAUCACCCCGCCCGAUUCUCCCUCUUCCCAUCAACCCGCCCCAUUCUCCCGCCUUUCAUCACCCCGCCCCAUUCUCCCGCUUUCCAUCACCCCGCCCAAUUCUCCCGCUUCCCAUCACCCCGCCCCAUUCUCCCGCCUUCCAUCACCCCGCCCCAUUCUCCCUCUUUCCAUCACCCCGCCCCAUUCUCCUGCUUUCUAUCACCCCACCCCAUUCUCCCUCUUUCCAUCACCCCGCCCCAUUCUCCCGCCUUCCAUCACCCCGCCCCAUUCUCCAUCUUUCCAUCACCCUGCUCAAUUCUCCCGCUUUCCAUCACCCUGCCCCAUUCUCCCGCCUUCCAUCACCCCGCCCCAUUCUCCCUCUUUCCAUCACCCCGCCCCAUUCUCCCGCUUUCCAUCACCCCGCCCCAUUCUCCUGCUUUCCAUAACCCCGCCCCAUUCUCCCGCUUUCCAUCACCCCACCCCGUUCUCCCGCUUUCCAUCACCCCGCCCCAUUCUCCCGCUUUCCAUCACCCCGCCCCAUUCUCCCGCUUUCCAUCACCCCGCCCCAUUCUCCCGCUUUCCAUCACCCGGUCCCGUUCUCUCGCUUUCCAUCACCCCGGACCAUUCUCCCGCUUUCUAUCACCCCGCCCGCUCUAUUCUCCCGCUUUCCAUCACCCCGCCCAAUUCUCCCUCUUUCCAUCACCCCUCCCUAUUCUCCCUCUUUCCAUCACCCCGCCCCAUUUUCCCUCUUUCCAUCACCCCGCCCCAUUCUCCCGCCUUUCAUCACCCCGCCCCAUUCUCCCGCCUUUCAUCACCCCGCCCCAUUCUCCCGCUUUCCAUCACCCCGCCCAAUUCUCCCGCUUUCCAUCACCCCGCCCCAUUCUCCCGCUUUCCAUCAUCCCGCCCCAUUCUCCCUCUUUCCAUCACCCCGCCCCAUUCUCCCGCUUUCCAUCACCCCGCCCCAUUUUCCCUCUUUCCAUCACCCCGCCCCAUUCUCCCGCCUUCCAUCACCCCGCCCCAUUCUCCCUCUUUCCAUCACCCCGCCCCAUUCUCCCGCUUUCCAUCACCCCGCCCCAUUCUCCCGCUUUCCAUAUCCCCGCCCCAUUCUCCCACUUUCCAUCACCCCGCCCCAUUCUCCCUCUUUCCAUCACCCCGCCCCAUUCUCCCGCUUUCCAUCACCCCGCCCCAUUUUCCCUCUUUCCAUCACCCCGCCCCAUUCUCCCGCUUUCCAUCACCCCGCCCCAUUCUCCCUCUUCCCAUCACCCCGCCCCAUUCUCCCGCCUUUCAUCACCCCGCCCCAUUCUCCCGCUUUCCAUCACCCCGCCCAAUUCUCCCGCUUCCCAUCACCCCGCCCCAUUCUCCCGCCUUCCAUCACCCCGCCCCAUUCUCCCUCUUUCCAUCACCCCGCCCCAUUCUCACGCUUUCCAUCACCCCGCCCCAUUCUCCCUCUUUCCAUCACCCCGCCCCAUUCUCCCGCUUUCCAUCACCCCGCCCCAUUCUCCCUCUAUCCAUCACCCCACCCAAUUCUCCCACUUUCCAUCACCCCGUCCCAUUCUCCCGUUUUCCAUCACCCCGCUCCAUUCUCUCGCUUUCCAUCACCCCGCUUUAUUCUCCCACUUUCCAUCACCCCGCCCCAUUCUCCGAAUUUCCAUCACCCCGCCCCAUUCUCCCGCUUUCCAUCACCCCGCCCCAUUCUCCUGCUUUCCAACAGCCCGCCCCAUUCUCCCGCUUUCCAUCACCUCUCCCCAUUCUCCCUCUUUCCAUCACCCCGCCCCAUUCUCCUGCUUUCUAUCACCCCACCCCAUUCUCCCUCUUUCCAUCACCCCGCCCCAUUCUCCCGCCUUCCAUCACCCUGCCCCAUUCUCCAUCUUUCCAUCACCCUGCUCAAUUCUCCCGCUUUCCAUCACCCUGCCCCAUUCUCCCGCCUUCAAUCACCCCGCCCCAUUCUCCCUCUUUCCAUCACCCCGCCCCAUUCUCCCGCUUUCCAUCACCCCGCCCCAUUCUCCCGCUUUCCAUCACCCCGCCCCAUUAUCCCGCUUUCCAUCACCCCACCCCAUUCUCCCGCUUUCCAUCACCCCGCCCCAUUCUCCCGCUUUCCAUCACCCCGCCCCAUUCUCCCGCUUUCCAUCACCCCGCCCCAUUCUCCCGCUUUCCAUCACCCCGCCCCAUUCUCCCGCUUUUUAUCACCCUGUCCCGUUCUCUCGCUUUCCAUCACCCCGGCCCAUUCUCCCGCUUUCUAUCACCCCGCCCGCUCCAUUCUCCCGCUUUCCAUCACCCCGCCCAAUUCUCCCUCUUUCCAUCACCCCUCCCCAUUCUCCCUCUUUCCAUCACCCCGCCCCAUUUUCCCUCUUUCCAUCACCCCGCCCCAUUCUCCCGCCUUUCAUCACCCCGCCCCAUUCUCCCGCCUUUCAUCACCCCGCCCCAUUCUCCCGCUUUCCAUCACCCCGCCCAAUUCUCCCGCUUUCCAUCACCCCGCCCCAUUCUCCCGCUUUCCAUCACCCCGCCCCAUUCUCCCUCUUUCCAUCACCCCGCCCCAUUCUCUCGCUUUCCAUCACCCCGCCCCAUUCUCCCUCUUUCCAUCACCCCGCCCCAUUCUCCCUCUUUCCAUCACCCCGCCCCAUUCUCCCACUUUCCAUCACCCCGCACCAUUUCCCCUCUUUUCAUCACUCCGCCCCAUUCUCCCGCUUUCCAUCACCCCGCCCCAUUCUCUCGCUUUCCAUCAUCCCGCUCCAUUGUCCCGCUUUCCAUCACCCCGCCCAAUUCUCCCUCUUUCCAUCACCCCUCCCCAUUCUCCCUUUUUCCAUCACCCCGCCCCAUUCUCCCGCUUUCCAUCACCCCGCCCCAUUCUCCCUCUUUCCAUCACCCCGCCCCAUUCUCCCUCUUUCCAUCACCCCGCCCCAUUCUCCCGCUUUCCAUCACCUCGACCAAUUCUCCCUCUUUCCAUCACCCCGCCCGAUUCUCCCGCUUUCCAUCACCCCGCCCCAUUCUCCCGCUUUCCAUCACCCCACCCCAUUCUCCCGCUUUCCAUCACCCCGCCCCAUUCUCCCGCUUUCCAUCACCCCGCCCCAUUCUCCCGCUUUCCAUCACCCCGCCCCAUUCUCCCGCUUUCCAUCACCCCGCCCCAUUCUCCCGCUUUCCAUCACCCCGUCCCGUUCUCUCGCUUUCCAUCACCCCGGCCCAUUCUCCCGCUUUCUAUCACCCCGCCCGCUCCAUUCUCCGGCUUUCCAUCACCCCGUCCAAUUCUCCCUCUUUCCAUCACCCCUCCCCAUUCUCCCUCUUUCCAUCACCCCGCCCCAUUCUCCCUCUUUCCAUCACCCCGCCCCAUUCUCCCGCCUUUCAUCACCCCGCCCCAUUCUCCCGCCUUUCAUCACCCCGCCCCAUUCUCCCGCUUUCCAUCACCCCGCCCAAUUCUCCCGCUUUCCAUCACCCCGCCCCAUUCUCCCUCUUUCCAUCACCCCGCCCCAUUCUCCCUCUUUCCAUCACCCCGCCCCAUUCUCUUGCUUUCCAUCACCCCGCCCCAUUCUCCCUCUUUCCAUCACCCCGCCCCAUUCUCCCUCUUUCCAUCACCCCGCCCCAUUCUCCCGCCUUUCAUCACCCCGCCCCAUUCUCCCGCCUUUCAUCACCCCGCCCCAUUCUCCCGCUUUCCAUCACCCCGCCCAAUUCUCCCGCUUUCCAUCACCCCGCCCCAUUCUCCCGCUUUCCAUCACCCCGCCCCAUUCUCCCUCUUUCCAUCACCCCGCCCCAUUCUCUCGCUUUCCAUCACCCCGCCCCAUUCUCCCUCUUUCCAUCACCCCGCCCCAUUCUCCCUCUUUCCAUCACCCCGCCCCAUUCUCCCACUUUCCAUCACCCCGCGCCAUUUUCCCUCUUUCCAUCACUCCGCCCCAUUCUCCCACUUUCCAUCACCCCGCCCCAUUCUCUCGCUUUCCAUCAUCCCGCUCCAUUGUCCCGCUUUCCAUCACCCCGCCCAAUUCUCCCUCUUUCCAUCACCCCUCCCCAUUCUCCCUUUUUCCAUCACCCCGCCCCAUUCUCCCGCUUUCCAUCACCCCGCCCCAUUCUCCCUCUUUCCAUCACCCCGCCCCAUUCUCCCUCUUUCCAUCACCCCGCCCCAUUCUCCCACUUUCCAUCACCUCAACCAAUUCUCUCUCUUUCCAUCACCCCGCCCCAUUCUCCCUCUUUCCAUCACCCUGCCCCAUUCUCCCUCUAUCCAUCACCCCACCCAAUUCUCCCGCUUUCCAUCACCCCGUCCCAUUCUCCCGCUUUCCAUCACCCCGCCCCAUUCUUUUGCGUUCCAUCACCCCACCCCAUCCUCCCCUCUUUCCAUCACCCCGCCCCAUUGUCCCGAUUUCCAUCACCCCGCCCCAUUCUCCCGCUUUCCAUGACCCCGCCCCAUUCUCCCGCUUUCCAUCACCCCUCCCCAUUCUCCCGCUUUCCAACACCCCGCCUCAUUCUCCCACUUUCCAUCACCCCGCCCAAUUCUCACUCUUUCCAUCACCCCGCCCCAUUCUCCCUCUUUCCAUCACCCCGCCCCAUUUUCCCUCUUUCCAUCACUACGCCCCAUUCUCCCGCUUUCCAUCACCCCGCCCCAUUCUCCCUCUUCCCAUCACCCCGCCCCAUUCUCCCGCCUUUCAUCACCCCGCCCCAUUCUCCCGCUUUCCAUCACCCCGCCCAAUUCUCCCGCUUCCCAUCACCCCGCCCCAUUCUCCCGCCUUCCAUCACCCCGCCCCAUUCUCCCUCUUUCCAUCACCCCGCCCCAUUCUCACGCUUUCCAUCACCCCGCCCCAUUCUCCCUCUUUCCAUCACCCCGCCCCAUUCUCCAGCUUUCCAUCACCCCGCCCCAUUCUCCCUCUAUCCAUCACCCCGCCCAAUUCUCCAACUUUCCAUCACCCCGUCCCAUUCUCCCGUUUUCCAUCACCCCGCCCCAUUCUCUCGCUUUCCAUCACCCCGCUUUAUUCUCCCACUUUCCAUCACCCCGCCCCAUUCUCCCAAUUUCCAUCACCCCGCCCCAUUCUCCCGCUUUCCAUCACCCCGCCCCAUUCUCCUGCUUUCCAACAGCCCGCCCCAUUCUCCCGCUUUCCAUCACCUCUCCACAUUUCCCCUCUUUCCAUCACCCCGCCCCAUUCUCCUGCUUUCUAUCACCCCGCCCCAUUCUCCCUCUUUCCAUCACCCCGCCCCAUUCUCCCGCCUUCCAUCACCCCGCCCCAUUCUCCAUCUUUCCAUCACCCUGCUCAAUUCUCCCGCUUUCCAUCACCCCGCCCCAUUCUUCCGCCUUCCAUCACCCCGCCCCAUUCUCCCUCUUUCCAUCACCCCGCCCCAUUCUCCCGCUUUCCAUCACCCUGCCCCGUUCUCCCGCUUUCCAUCACCCCACCCCAUUCUCCCGCUUUCCAUCACCCCGCCCCAUUCUCCCGCUUUCCAUCACCCCGCCCCAUUCUCCCGCUUUCCAUCACCCCGCCCCAUUCUCCCGCUUUCCAUCACCCCGCCCCAUUCUCCCGCUUUCCAUCACCGCGUCCCGUUCUCUCGCUUUCCAUCACCCCGGCCCAUUCUCCCGCUUUCUAUCACCCCGCCCACUCCAUUCUCCCGCUUUCCAUCACCCCGCCCAAUUCUCCCUCUUUCCAUCACCCCUCCCCAUUCUCCCUCUUUCCAUCACCCCGCCCCAUUCUCCCUCUUUCCAUCACCCCGCCCCAUUCUCCCGCCUUUCAUCACCCCGCCCCAUUCUCCCGCCUUUCAUCACCCCGCCCCAUUCUCCCGCUUUCCAUCACCCCGCCCCAUUCUCCCGCUUUCCAUCACCCCGCCCCAUUCUCCCUCUUUCCAUCACCCCGCCCCAUUCUCUCGCUUUCCAUCACCCCGCCCCAUUCUCCCUCUUUCCAUCUCCCCGCCCCAUUCUCCCUCUUUCCAUCACCCCGCCCCAUUCUCCCACUUUCCAUCACCCCGCGCCAUUUUCCCUCUUUCCAUCACCCCGCCCCAUUCUCCCGCUUUCCAUCACCCCGCCCCAUUCUCUCGCUUUCCAUCAUCCCGCUCCAUUGUCCCGCUUUCCAUCACCCCGCCCAAUUCUCCCUCUUUCCAUCACCCCUCCCCAUUCUCCCUUUUUCCAUCACCCCGCCCCAUUCUCCCGCUUUCCAUCACCCCGCCCCAUUCUCCCUCUUUCCAUCACCCCGCCCCAUUCUCCCUCUUUCCAUCACCCCGCCCCAUUCUCCCGCUUUCCAUCACCUCGACCAAUUCUCCCUCUUUCCAUCACCCCGCCCCAUUCUCCCUCUUUCCAUCACCCUGCCCCAUUCUCCCUCUAUCCAUUACCCCACCCAAUUCUCCCGCUUUCCAUCACCUCGUCCCAUUCUCCCGCUUUCCAUCACCCCGCCCCAUUCUUUUGCGUUCCAUCACCCCACCCCAUCCUCCCCUCUUUCCAUCACCCCGCCCCAUUCUCCCGAUUUUUAUCACCCCGCCCCAUUCUCCCUCUUUCCAUCACCCCGCCCCAUUCUCCCGCUUUCCAUCACCCCGCCCCAUUCUCCCUCUUUCCAUCACCCCGCCCCAUUCUCCCUCUUUCCAUCACCCCGCCCCAUUCUCCCGCUUUCCAUCACCCCGCCCAAUUCUCCCUCUUUCCAUCACCCCUCCUCAUUCUCCCUUUUUCCAUCACCCCGCCCCAUUCUCCCGCUUUCCAUCACCCCGCCCCAUUCUCCCUCUUUCCAUCACCCCGCCCCAUUCUCCCUCUUUCCAUCACCCCGCCCCAUUCUCCCGCUUUCCAUCACCUCGACCAAUUCUCCCUCUUUCCAUCACCCCGCCCCAUUCCACCUCUUUCCAUCACCCUGCCCCAUUCUCCCUCUAUCCAUCACCCCACCCAAUUCUCCCGCUUUCCAUCACCUUGUCCCAUUCUCCCGCUUUCCAUCACCCUGCCCCAUUCUUUUGCGUUCCAUCACCCCACCCCAUCCUCCCCUCUUUCCAUCACCCCGCCCCAUUCUCCCGAUUUUUAUCACCCCGCCCCAUUCUCCCUCUUUCCAUCACCCCGCCCCAUUCUCCCGUUUUCCAUCACCCCGCCCCAUUCUCCCUCUUUCCAUCACCCCGCCCCAUUCUCCCUCUUUCCAUCACCCCGCCCCAUUCUCCCGCUUUUCAUAACCCCGCCCCAUUCUCCCUCUUUCCAUCACCCCGCCCCGUUCUCCCGCUUUCCAUCACCCCGCCCCAUUCUCCCGCUUUCCAUCACCCCGCCCCAUUCUCCUGCUUUCCAUCACUCCGCCCCAUUCUCCCUCUUCCCAUCACCCCGCCCCAUUCUCUCGCUUUCCAUCACCCCGCCCCAUUCUCCCGCUUUUCAUCACCCCGCCCCAUUCUCCCGCUUUCCAUCACCCCGUCCCAUUCUCCCUCUUUCCAUUACCCCGCCUCAUUCUCCCGCUUUCCAUCACCCCGCCCCAUUCUUCCUCUUUCCAUCUCCCCGCCCCAUUCUCCCUCUUUCCAUCACCCCGCCCCAUUCUCCCGCUUUCUAUCACCCCGUCCCAUUCUCCCUCUUUCCAUCACCCCGCCCCAUUCUCCCGCUUUCCAUCACCCCGCCCCAUUCUUCCUCUUUCCAUCUCCCCGCCACAUUCUCCCUCUUUCCAUCACCCCGCCCCAUUCUCCCUCUUCCCAUCACCCCGCCCCAUUCUCCAGCUUUCCGUCACCCCGCCCCAUUCUCCCUCUUUCCAUCACCCCGCCCCAUUCUCCAUCUUUACAUCACCCCGCCCCACUCUCCCGCCUUCCAUCACCCCGCCCCAUUCUCCAUCUUUCCAUCACCCUGCCCAAUUCUCCCGCCUUCCAUCACCCCACCCCAUUCUCCCGUCUUCCAUCACCCCGCCCCAUUCUCCCUCUUUCCAUCACCCCGCCCCAUUCUCCCGCUUUCCAUCACCCCGUCCCAUUCUCCCUCUUUCCAUCACCCCGCCCCAUUCUCCCUCUUUCCAUCACCCCGCCCCAUUCUCCAGCUUUCCGUCACCCCGCCCCAUUCUCCCUCUUUCCAUCACCCCGCCCCAUUCUCCCUCUUUCCAUCACCCCGACCCAUUCUCCCGCUUUCCAUCACCCCGCCCCAUUCUCCCUCUUUCCAUCACCCCGCCCCAUUCUCCCUCUUUCCAUCACCCCGCCCCAUUCUCCCGCUUUCCAUCACCCCGCGCCAUUUAACCUCUUUCCAUCACACGCCCCAUUCUCCCUCUUUCCAUCACUCCGCCCCAUUCUCCCGCUUUCCAUCACCCGGCUCCAUUGUCCCGCUUUCCAUCACCCCGCCCAAUUCUCCCUCUUUCUAUCACCCCUUCCCAUUCUCCCUCUUUCCAUCACCCCGCCCCAUUCUCCUGCUUUCCAUCACCCCGCCCCAUUCUCCCUCUUUCCAUCACCCCGCCCCAUUCUCCCUCUUUCCAUUACCCCGCCCCAUUCUCCUGCUUUCCAUCACCCCGCCCCAUUCUCCCUCUAUCCAUCACCCCGCCCCAUUCUCCCGCUUUCCAUCACCCCGCUCCAUUCUCCUGCUUUCCAUCACCGCGCCCAAUUCUCCCGCUUUCCAUCACCCCUCUCCAUUCUCCCUCUUUCCAUCUCCCCGCCCCAUUCUCCUUCUUUCCAUCACCCCGUCCCAUUCUCCCUCUAUCCGUCACCCCACCCCAUUCUCCCUGUUUCCAUCACCUCGCCCCUUCUCCCUCUUUCCAUCACCCCCCCUCAUUCUUCCUGUUUCCAUCACCUCGCCCCAUUCUCUCGCUUUCCAUCACCCCUCCCUGUUCUCCCUCUUUCCAUCACCCCGCCCCAUUCUCCCGCUUUCCAUCACCCCGCCCCAAUCUCCUUCUUUCCAUCACCCCGCCCCAUUCUCCAGCUUUUUAUCACCCCGCCCCAUUCUCCCGAUUUCCAUCACCCCACCCCAUUCUCCCGCUUUCCAUCACCCCGACCCAUUCUGCCGCUUUCCAUCACCCCGCCCCGUUCUCCCGCUUUCCAUCACACCGCCCCAUUCUCCCUCUUUCCAUCACCCCGCCCCAUUCUCCCGCUUUCCAUCACCCCGCCCCAUUCUCCCGCUUUCCAUCACCCCGCCUCAUUCUCCCUCUUUCCAUCAACCCGCCCCAUUCUCCCUCUUUCCAUCACCCCGCUCCAUUCUCCCGCUUUCCAUCACCCCGCCCGCUCCAUUCUCCCGCUUUCCAUCACCCCGCCCAAUUCUCCCUCUUUCCAUCACCCCUCCCCAUUCUCCCUCUUUCCAUCACCCCGCCCCAUUCUCCCGCUUUCCAUUACCCCGCCCCAUUCUCCCUCUUUCCAUCACCCGCCCCAUUCUCCCGUCUUUUAUCACCCCGCCCCAUUCUCCCUCUUUCCAUCACCCCGCCCAAUUCUCCCGCUUUCCAUCACCCCGUCCCAUUCUCCCUCUUUCCAUCACCCCGCCCCAUUCUCCCGCUUUCCAUUACCCCGCCCCAUUCUCCCUCUUUCCAUCACCCGCCCCAUUCUCCCGCCUUUCAUCACCCCGCCCCAUUCUCCCUCUUUCCAUCAACCCGCCCCAUUCUCCCUCUUUCCAUCACCCCGCCUUAUUCUCCCUCUUUCUAUCACCCCGCCCCAUUCUCCCGAUUUCCAUCACCCCGCCCCAUUCUCCCGCUUUCCAUCACCCCGCCCAAUUCUCCCACUUUCCAUCACCCCGUCCCAUUCUCCUGUUUUCCAUCACCCCGCCCCAUUCUCUCGCUUUCUAUCACCCCGCCUUAUUCUCCUGCUUUCCAUCACCCCGCACCAUUCUCCCGCUUUCCAUCACCCCGCACCAUUCUCCCUCUUUCCAUCACCCCGCCCCAUUCUCAUGCUUUCUAUCACCCCGCACCAUUCUCCCUCUUUCCAUCACCCUGCCCCAUUCUCCCGCCUUCCAUCACCCCGCCCCAUUCUCCUUCCUUCCAUCACCCUGGCCAAUUCUCCCGCUUUCCAUCACCGCGCCCCAUUCUCCCGCCUUCCAUCACCCCGCCCCAUUCUCCCUCUUUCCAUCACCCCGCCCCAUUCUCCCGCUUUCCAUCACCCCGCCCCAUUCUCCCGCUUUCCAUCACCCUGCCCCAUUCCCCCUCUUUCCAUCACCCCGCCCCAUUCUCUCGCUUUCCAUCACCCCGCCCCAUUUUCCCUCUUUCCAUCACCCCGCCCCAUUUUCCCGCUUUCCAUCACCCCGCCCGAUUCUCCCGCUUUCCAUCACCCCGCUCCAUUCUCCCGCUUUCCAUCACCCCGCCCAAUUCUCCCUCUUUCCAUCACCCCACCCCAUUCUCCCUCUUUCCAUCACCCCGCCCCAUUCUCCCGCUUUCCAUCACCCUGCCCCAUUCUCCCUCUUUCCAUCACCCCGCCCUAUCCUCUCUCUUUCCAUCACCCCGCACCAUUCUCCCGCUUUCCAUCACCCCGCACCAUUCUCCCUCUUUCCAUCACCCCACCCCAUUCUACUGCUUUCCAUCACCCCGUCCCAUUCUCCCGCUUUCCAUCACCCCGCCCAAUUUUCCCUCUUUCCAUCAUCCCGCCCCAUUCUCCCUCUUUCCAUCACCCCGCCCCAUUCUCCCCCAAUCCAUUACCCCGCCCCAUUUUCUCUCUUUUCAUCACCCCGUCCCAUUCUUCCGCUUUCCAUCACCCCUCCCCAUUCUCCCUCUUUCCAUCACCCCUCCCUAUUCUCCCUCUUGCCAUCACCCCGCCCAUUCUCCCGCCUUCCAUCACCCCGCCCCAUUCUCCAUCUUUCCAUCACCCUGCCCAAUUCUCCCGCUUUCCAUCACCCCGCCCCAUUCUCCCGCCUUCCAUCACCCCGCCCCAUUCUCCCUCUUUCCAUCACCCCGCCCCAUUCUCCCGCUUUCCAUCACCCCGCCCCAUUCUCCCGCUUUCCAUCACCCCGCCCCAUUCUCCCUCUUUCCAUCACCCCGCCCCAUUCUCCCGCUUUCCAUCACCCCGCCCCAUUCUCCCGCUUUCCAUCACCCCGCCCCAUUCUCCCGCUUUCCAUCACCCCGCCCCAUUCUCCCUCUUUCCAUCACCCCGCCCCAUUCUCCCGUUUUCCAUCACCCCGCCCCAUUCUCCCUCUUUCCAUCACCCCGCCCCAUUCUCCCGCUUUCCAUCACUCCGCCCCAUUCUCCCGCUUUCCAUCACCCCGCCCCAUUCUCCCGAUUUCCAUCACCCCGUCCCAUUCUCCAGCUUUCCAUCACUUCGCCCCAUUCUCUCGAUUUCCAUCACCUCGCCCCAUUCUCCCGCUUUCCAUCACCCCGCCACAUUCUCCUGCUUUCCAUCACCCCGCCCCAUUCUCCCGCUUUCCAUCACCCCGCCCCAUUCUCCCUCUUUCCAUCACCCCGCCCCAUUCUCCCGCUUUUCAUCACCCCGCCCCAUUCUCCCGAUUUCCAUCACCCCGCCCCUCUCCCGCUUUCCAUCACCCCGCCCCAUUCUCCCGCUUUCCAUCACCCCUCCCAAUUCUCACUCUUUCCAUCACCCCUCCCCAUUCUCCCUCUUUCCAUCACCCCGCCCCAUUCUCCCGCUUUCCAUCACCCCGCCCCAUUCUCCCGCUUUCCAUCACCCCGCCCCAUUCUCCCUCUUUCCAUCACCCUGCCCCAUUCUCCCGCUUUCCAUCACCCCUCCCCAUUCUCCCGCUGUCCAUCACCCUGCCCCAUUCUCCCGGGUGCUGGGAGCAACUCACCUGGCUGGUGGGGGUGCUGGGAGCAACUCACCUGGUUGGUGGGGGUGCUGGGAGCAACUCGCCUGGCUGGUGGGGGUGCUGGGAGCAACUUACAUGGCUGGUGGGGGUGCUGGGAGCAACUCACCUGGCUGGUGGGGGUGCUGGGAGCAACUCACCUGGCUGGUGGGGGUGCUGGGAGCAACUCACCUGGCUGGUGGGGGUGCUGGGAGCAACUCACCUGGCUGGUGGGGGUGUUGGGAGCAACUCACCUGGCUGGUGGGGGUGCUGGGAGCAACUCACCUGGCUGGUGGGGGUGCUAGGAGCAACUCACCUGGCUGGUGGGGGUGCUGGGAGCAACUCGCCUGGCUAGUGGGGGUGCUGGGAGCAACUCACCUGGCUGGUGGGGGUGCUGAGAGCAACUCGCCUGGCUGGUGGGGGUGCUGGGAGCAACUCACCUGGCUGUGGGGGUGCUGGGAGCAACUCACCUGGCUGGUGGAGGUGCUGGGAGCAACUCGCCUGGCUGGUGGGGGUGCUGGGAGCAACUCGCUUGGCUGGUGGGGGUGCUGGGAGCAACUCGCCUGGCUGGUGGGGGUGCUGGGAGCAACUCACCUGGCUGGUGGGGGUGCUGACAGCAACUCACCUGGCUGUUGGGGGUGCUGGGAGCAACUCACCUGGCUGGUGGGGUUGCUGGGAGCAACUCACCUGGCUGGUGGGGGUGUUGGGAGCAACUCGCCUGGCUGGUGGGGGUGCUGGGAGCAACUCGCCUGGCUGGUGGGGAUGCUGGGAGCAACUCGCCUGGCUGGUGGGGGUGCUUGGAGCAACUCGCCUGGCUGGUGGGGGUGCUGGGAGCAACUCACCUGGCUAGUGGGGGUGCUGGGAGCAACUCACCUGGCUGGUGGGGGUGGUGGGAGCAACUCACCUGGCUGCUGGUGGGGGUGCUGGGAGCAACUCGCCUGGCUGGUGGGGUGCUGGGAGCAACUCACCUGGCUGGUAGGGUUGCUGGGAGCAACUCACCUGGCUGGUGGGGGUGCUGGGAGCAACUCACCUGGCUGGUGGGGGUGCUGGGAGCAACGCAACUUGCUGGUGGGGGUGCUGGGAGCAACUCAACUAGCUGGUGGGGGUGCUGGGAGCAACUCGCCUGGCUGGUGGGGGUGCUGGGAGCAACUCGCCUGGCUGGUAGGGGUGCUAGGAGCAACUCACCUGGCUGGUGGGGGUGCUGGGAGCAACUCGCCUGGCUGGUGGGGGUGCUGGGAGCAACUCGCCUGGCUGGUGGGAAUGCUGGGAGCAACUCGCCUGGCUGGUGGGGGUGCUGGGAGCAACUCACCUGGCCGGUGGGGGUGCUGGGAGCAACUCACCUGGCUGGAGCAACUUGCCUGGCUGGUGGGGUUGCUGGGAACAACUCACCUGGCUGGUGGGGGUGCUGGGAGCAACUCACCUGGCUGGUGGGGGUGCUGGGAGCAACUCACCUGGCUGGUGGGGGUGCUGGGAGCAACUCACCUGGUUGGAGGGGAUGCUAGGAGCAACUCGCCUGGCUGGUGGGGUUGCUGGGAACAACUCACCUGGCUGGUGGGGGUGCUGGGAGCAACUCACCUGGCUGGUGGGGGUGCUGGGAGCAACUCACCUGGCUGGUGGGGGUGCUGGGAGCAACUCACCUGGCUGGUGGGGGUGCUGAGAGCAACUCACCUGGCUGGUGGGGGUGCUGGGAGCAACUCACCUGGCUGGUGGGGGUGCUGGAAGCAACUCGCCUGGCCGGUGGGGGUGCUGGGAGCAACUCACCUGGCUGGUGGGGGUGCUGGGAGCAACUCAACUGGCUGGGGUGCUGGGAGCAACUCACCUGGCUGGUGGGGGUGCUGGGAGCAACUCACCUGGCUGGUGGGGGUGCUGGGAGCAACUCGCCUGGCUGGUCUGGGUGAUGGGAGCAACUCGCCUGGCUGGUGGGGGUGCUGGGAGCAACUCGCCUGGCUAGUGGGGGUGCUGGGAGCAACUCGCCUGGCUGGUGGGGGUGCUGGGAGCAACUCGCCUGGCUGCAACUCGCCUGGCUGGUGGGGGUGCUGGGAGCAACUCGCCUGGCCGGUGGGGGUGCUGGGAGCAACUCACCUGGCCGGCGGGGGUGCUGGGAGCAACUCACCUGGCCGGUGGGGGUGCUGGGAGCAACUCACCUGGCUGGUGGGGGUGCUGAGAGCAACUCACCUGGCUGGUGGGGGUGCUGGGAGCAACUCGCCUGGCUGGUGGGGGUGCUGGGAGCAACUCGCCUGGCUGGUGGGGGUGCUGGGAGCAACUCGCCUGGCUGGUGGGGGUGCUAGGAGCAACUCACCUGGCUGGUGGGGGUGCUGGGAGCAACUCGCCUGGCUGGUGGGGGUGCUGGGAGCAACUCGCCUGGCCGUUGGGAAUGCUGGGAGCAACUCGCCUGGCUGGUGGGGGUGCUGGGAGCAACUCACCUGGCCGGUGGGGGUGCUGGGAGCAACUCACCUGGCUGGUGGGGGAGCUGGGAGCAACUCACCUGGCUGGUGCGGGUGCUGGGAGCAACUCACCUGGUUGGAGGGGAUGCUAGGAGCAACUUGCCUGGCUGGUGGGGUUGCUGGGAACAACUCACCUGGCUGGUGGGGGUGCUGGGAGCAACUCACCUGGCUGGUGGGGGUGCUGGGAGCAACUCACCUGGCUGGUGGGGGUGCUGGGAGCAACUCACCUGGCUGCAACUCGCCUGGCCGGUGGGGGUGCUGGGAGCAACUCACCUGGCUGGUGGGGGUGCUGGGAGCAACUCAACUGGCUGGUGGGGGUGCUGGGAGCAACUCACCUAGCUGGUGGGGGUGCUGGGAGCAACUCACCUGGCUGGUAGGGGUGCUGGGAGCAACUCACCUGGCUGGUGGGGGUGCUGGGAGCAACUCACCUGGCUGGUGGGGGUGCUGGGAGCAACUCGCCUGGCUGGUCUGGGAGCAACUCACCUGGCUGGUGGGGGUGCUGGGAGCAACUCACCUGGCUGGUGGGGGUGCUGGGAGCAAUUCACCUGGCUGGAGGGGGUGCCGGGAGCAACUCACCUGGCUGAUGGGGGUGCUGGGAGCAACUCGCCUGGCUGGUGGGUUUGCUGGGAGAAACUCGCCUGGCUGGUGGGGGUGCUGGGAGCAACUUAUCUGGCUGGUGGGGAUGCUAGGAGCAACUCACCUGGCUAGUGGGGAUGCUGGGAGCAACUCGCCUGGCUGGUGGGGGUGCCGGGAGCAACUCUCCUGGCUGGUGGGGGUGCUUGAAGCAACUCGCCUGGCUGGUGGGGGUGCUGGGAGCAACUCGCCUGGCCGGUGGGGGUGCUGGGAGCAACUCACCUGGCCGGCGGGGGUGCUGGGAGCAAAUCACCUGGCCGGUGGGGGUGCUGGGAGCAACUCACCUGGCUGGGGUGCUGGGAGCAACUCACCUGGCUGGUGGGGAUGCUGGGAGCAACUCACCUGGCUGGUGGGGGUGCUGGGAGCAACUCGCCUGGCUGGUCUGGGUGCUGGGAGCAACUCGCCUUGCUGGUGGGGGUGCUGGGAGCAACUCGCCUGGCUAGUGGGGGUGCUGGGAGCAACUCGCCUGGCUGGUGGGGGUGCUGGGAGCAACUCGCCUGGCUGGUGGGGGUGCUUGGAGCAACUCGCCUGGCUGGGUUGCUGGGAGCAACUCACCUGGCUGGUGGGGGUGCUGGGAGCAACUCACCUGGCUGGUGGGGGUGCUGGGAGCAACUCACCUGGCUGGUGGGGGUGCUGGGAGCAAUUCACCUGGCUGGUGGGGGUGCCGGGAGCAACUCACCUGGCUGAUGGGGGUGCUGGGAGCAACUCGCCUGGCUGGUGGGUUUGCUGGGAGAAACUCGCCUGGCUGGUGGGGGUGCUGGGAGCAACUUAUCUGGCUGGUGGGGAUGCUAGGAGCAACUCACCUGGCUGGUGGGGAUGCUGGGAGAAACUUGCCUGGCUGGUGGGGGUGCCGGGAGCAACUCUCCUGGCUGGUGGGGGUGCUUGGAGCAACUCGCCUGGCUGGUGGGGGUGCUGGGAGCAACUCGCCUGGCCGGUGGGGGUGCUGGGAGCAACUCACCUGGCCGGUGGGGGUGCUGGGAGCAACUCACCUGGCCGGUGGGGGUGCUGGGAGCAACUCACCUGGCUGGUGGGGGUGCUGGGAGCAACUCGCCAGGCUGGUGGGGGUGCUGGGAGCAACUCACCUAGCUGGUGGGGGUGCUGGGAGCAACUCACCUGGCUGGUAGGGGUGCUGGGAGCAACUCACCUGGCUGGUGGGGGUGCUGGGAGCAACUCACCUGGCUGGUGGGGGUGCUGGGAGCAACUCGCCUGGCUGGUCUGGGUGCUGGGAGCAACUCGCCUGGCGGGUGGGGGUGCUGGGAGCAACUCGCGUGGCUAG